AUGUCGCGUGAUCCCUCUCAGGUCUCCAUCAUGGCAAAGAAGUUCCCCCAAGUCCAGCCCGGUGGCAGCCUGAUCUUGGCGUGGCAGAUCAAGGGUAAGAAGGUUCUGGUUGUUGGAGGUGGUGAGGUCGCUGCUGGAAGAAUCCUCAACUGCCUCAAUGCGGACGCCGCUGUCACCGUCGUGGCGCCCUCGACGGGUCUCAACGACGAAGUCCGCCACAGAAUAGCUGAGAAGCAGGUUACUCACGUGGACCGUGUCUUCGAGCCUUCUGACCUCGAUGGUGCAGAGAUGGUUCUGGUCGCCGUCGACGAUCCCGCUGCCUCGACCGCUAUAUGGAAGCUAUGCAAGGAGAAGAAGAUCCCGGCCAACAUUGCGGAUGUGCCCCCUGAGUGUGACUUCUACUUCGGAAGCGUGCACCGGGAUGGACCACUCCAGAUCAUGGUCAGCACCAACGGCAAAGGGCCGAGAAUCGCUGCUCUAAUCCGCAAGUUCAUCGCCAAGUCGUUGCCCGAGAAUGCUGGAAAUGCAAUCGAGAAUAUUGGCGAGCUAAGGGUCAAGUUGAGGAAGAUCGCGCCGACCUCGGAGGAUGGCCCGAAGCGGAUGACAUGGAUGUCGAAAGUGAGCGACACAUACAACUGGGAGGAGAUGUGCGAAUUAACCAAAGAUGAUAUGGACAACCUCCUUCUCUUCUACCCGGCCAACAAGGUCCCCGACUUUGACAUUCUUCGUGCUCUUCGUGGCGAGAAGAACACGGACGUCUCGAAACUGGAUGUCUUUGACGGUUCUUUUGGAUUCAGCGUUGGUGCAUAA